AUGUUGAAACUUCGUGAAUUAAAAGAAAGAAAGAAACGAGAAACUCAAUUCUUAGAGAAGACAGGAGGCGCAACAACAGGGGAGCCAAAUCUCAUUUCAUUGUCACCAGGGAGGAUAAGAUUACAAAAUGAUUUAGAUCAUCUUAAUCUCCCCCCACAAUGUACAUUAGAACUUCAAUCUUCAUUAUCAGACAUGAACGAGCAACCUUUGAUUACACUCUGCAUUUCACCUCGAGAAGGACCAUAUUUGGGGGGUGCAUUUAAGUUUAAUUUAAAAUUCAAUGAGAUGUACCCUAUCGAACCUCCAUCUGCAAUAUGUUUGAAUAAAAUCUUUCAUCCUAACAUCGAUUUGAAUGGCAAGAUAUGUUUGAAUAUCCUGAGGGAGGACUGGUCACCUGCCUUGGACCUAACCAGCAUUGUCAUUGGUCUUUUAUAUUUAUUCUUGGAUUUCACCUCUACAGAUCCAUUGAAUCAACAAGCUGCCGAAGUGUUAGCAAAUGACAGGAACAGAUUUUGUGAAUUAGUUCAACGAGCAAUGCUUGGAAGUGAAAUUAAUAAUGUUAGAUAUGAUAGAGUAGUUUAA